ACUCAUUUAACGGCGUUCUGACUGACGUGACGCCCUGAUUUACCAGCCAAUGGGGGAAGAUCUGGAGCUUUUAGGGACGCGCAAAACUUGGGCAUUAAUUUCACGCAAGCGAAUCGAGUUUUUCCCAUCUUUCUUUUUUUUACCCGUCCUGUUGGUAACACUUCUAAGGCGAUUAACAUCUUCAUUUAAACCGAUCGAAUAGUGACUGGAUCAGCAUAAUUUACUUAAAAAUAAAUCGAGAUUAUCACACUGAAAAUGAUUUCUUUAUUUACUUUUAUGCUGCUUUUAGGUGCUUCGGAGCCAAAAAACGUCUUUCAAUUAAACGGGCCACAGGAUGUGCAAAUCAGAUCUGCCGAAACGACACCCAGGAUUUUUGACCGCGCCACAUUAAAGGAGAUGCAUGGGCUUAGUGCGGAGGUUAAUUUAAUCCAAAGUGAUGAUGGGUCCAAAGACUGGAGACACAAGAGAGUACCGCGGGGUGCAAGCGAUGGCAGCACCAAACAACGUGAUCACCAUGGCCACAGGCACCACGGGCCUUACGACUCAAAUGAUUACAUCACAACACCCAAAUCUGUCCAGCGCUCGAACUCGACCUUUUUGCUGGACAGAGGCAGUGGUACUACCAAUGUUUUUCUUAGGGUGGACGGCGCAGGGAACAACAGAUCAGCGGAGAAGGGUGCACCUGGCAUCUACAACCCCCUGUACCCUGUCACGGACGGCUCCUAUAGCGCCUAUGCUGUGAUGCUUCUGUCCCUGAUAGUGUUCGCCGUGGGCAUCACCGGCAAUCUGGCUGUCAUGUGCAUCGUGUGGCAUAACUACUACAUGAAAAGCGCGUGGAACUCUAUCCUGGCCGGUCUUGCAUUCUGGGACUUCUUGGUGCUUUUCUUCUGUUUGCCCGUGGUCGUCUUUAACGAAAUAACCAAGAAAAGGCUUCUGGGGGAUGUUUCGUGCCGGAUCGUUCCCUUCCUGGAGGUGACGUCCCUGGGGGUGACCACGUUCAGCCUGUGUGCCCUGGGCAUCGACCGCUUCCAUGCGGCCACCAGCCUCGAACCCAGGACCCAGCAGGUGGAGCAGUGCCAGUCCAUCCUGGCCAAGCUGGCGGUGGUGUGGAUCGGCUCCAUGAUCCUGGCCGUGCCGGAGCUGCUGCUGUGGCAGCUCAGCCAGGAUGCGGGCGGGGGGCCCGGGGGCGUGGUGGUGGAGUCCUGCUCCAUGAGGCCGUCCGCCAGCCUGCCCGAGUCCAUCUACUCGCUGGUGCACACCUACCACGACGCCCGCAUGUGGUGGUACUUCGGCUGCUACUUCUGCCUGCCGCUGCUCUUCACCCUCUCCUGCCAGCUGGUCACCCGCCGCAUCGGCGGCGAUGGCGCCGGCCUGGAGCCCCGCCCACUUCCAUCGUCAUCAUCAUCAUCAUCUUCCUCCUCGUCCGCCUCCGCCUGUUCCUCGCCCAAGAAGCUUCAGCAGAAGAAGCACGAGGAGAGGCGCGGCCGGCAGCUCAACUGCACCGUGGUGGCGCUGGCCGCGGUCUACGCCGUCUGCGGGCUGCCGGAGAACGUCUGCAACAUCGCCCUGGCCUACACCUCCGUCCAGGUGUCGCCCCCCACCCAAGCCCUGCUGGCCCUCGUCAACCAGUUCUUCCUCUUCUUCCGGUCCGCGGUCACGCCCGUGCUCCUGCUCUGUCUCUGCAAGUCCCUGGGCCAGUCGUUCAUGGACUGCUGCUGUUGCUGCUGCGAGGAGUGCCUGUCGGACGAGGGCUCCUCCACCACCGCCUCCACCUCCUCGUCCUCCCCGUCCUCCACCUGCUGCACCGCGGGGGGCAAACCCAAGGCCGCUGCCUCGCAAAUAUCCCCCUCCAUCCUCUAUGACAAAGCCAGGAACAACUCAUCGACCUUAGCCAUUGGCACACCCUGCUGAGGUGUGACCUUGACUUUGACCUUGACCUUGCUCUGAUGACACUGUGCUACAAUAAGGAAGUCAAAAGCUAGAAACCCAAGCAGUGAGGUUUAAGAGCGCCACAGGACUGCUUGACUGCUUUACUCAUGUCCUGUUUGGUGUUUUCUGUAUCUCAUGUUGUAAAAAUACUGAUAACAAGUACCUUAGCUGUGAAAUAUGUGUUUGGUAACAUCCUCCGGUUGUCAAUGGUAAAGGAAAAACAAGGACUGCCACUUAUGUUUACACUGCAGUUGGAAUCUGAGUAUGUCUUUAUGUUUUGACCUGCUGCGUACACCGUGGCUGCAUUCUCAUAUUAUAUACAUGCGCAAAUGAUCGGAAAUCGUGCAUAGCUAUUAUUAAUGGAUAAACAGUAGAUAUUUCAAUUUUGCCUUCAGACUUCUCAUUUUUUUAACUGGCACUACAAUCAAGGCCCCAGGCUCUGUUGUGCUGAUGAAGAUCUCAGCACAACAGAGUGUUUUUACUGCUCACUUCCAGUUUUAGCAUGAAUCUUCUGCUCUUGUUUUAAAAUGCAACGCCCUGUGCAAAAUCCAAGUCACUGGGAAGCUGAAAGAGAUAAAGGCCCCAUACUGUGGUUUAGCUCGAAUCAGGAUCAAAAACAUUAGAUUCCACCUGGAUCUGUCAAUUGAGCAAUCAAACAGAUCUGAAUCUGAUGUGUUGGGGAAAAAAUUGUGUCAUCUCUUGGAAUUAGAAGUGUAAACAUAGUUUUUGCUCUUUUUGGCUGCUGCGCAUCCCUCUCACUCUAGAAGUCAAUCAUAGUAUCUGUGACAUGUACUAUAGAUUGCCUAGCUUCACCUAGCCUAACAUACGCUUAGCUUGGUUUCGCACCGUAGUACUUUUAUUUUUAAGCAACAGUAUUUUCUGUGAUCCUAUCAACAACAGACAGUCAUAAUUAAUGCUACUGAUAAUCUGCUGGAAAUCCAUACAAAUCUCCAGCCUUUGCUACAAAUCAGCUCUGCUGUCAACCUAAAUGCAGCACUUCAUUUCUGAUUAUGAUCACGUGACUCAUUGGAGACAGUGAAUAUCAAGCCUUGGCUUCGCUGGGUUAUCAGGCCUAUAUUAGUCAUUGAACUGUGAUUCCCGAUGUCUGACUGCAUUGCUCUUUGGGAAGUGAUUUAUGAAACUUCCUACACUGUCACAAAAGCAUGGAACGUCCUGUAGUCGUGUAUCGAGUAAGGUGUUUUACUCAAUUUUAAGUAGGGUAUUCUUUAGAGGUGUUACCUUUCCUUUUUUUCCACAUCGAAGUAUGAGCAGUAAAAGCAGGAAAAACUUAGCGCCUGCAAUUCAACUUGAUAUUCAAAGUUGAGUCCUUACUGUACCAAAUUACAGUUGGUCAUCUAUGGUUAGAUGGUCGACAGUUAAUGGAGACUUAAGCACUGAUACGUAGAAAUAUGCAUUUUAUUUGGAAACAUAGCAAGUUGUUUUAGAAAUAAUCUACAAUUGAGGUUGUUCUGCAAAUCUUAUUUUAUCCCUUCAUAUGGGUAAUGUGACUUAAAAGGUCAAUCUCUGCAAAAAUA